UUAAUUUAUUUUGGAAAGUCCCAUUUGGUCGUUGCCGCAACCAAACCCUUUUCCCUCGAAACUACUCCAUACCUGUGCAUGUCCAAAGCUCAAUCUGUUCCUCCUCUCACAAAUGGCUCUCACUCCACGCCCUCAACUCCUCCAUUUCCAUCUCCGAUCUCCGGCGAAUCCCACUCCGGCACCCGCCUCCCUCUUCCUUUCUUUUCCGAUUUCGCCGCCGUCGCUGUCGAAGAAUGACUUUCUUUCUGCUUUUUCUCCGGUUACUGUGAAGCUCUCGUUGAGAACCAAGUGCCUUAGAUCGGCCACCGAGGAGGACCGCUUGAGCGAGUCGGAGACUCUGUCGGAUGAUGAAGCCGCUGAUAAUGGCGAUGCUAAGAUCCAACACCUCGACAACUCCACGACGGCUGCUGCUGCUGCUGCUAGUUCUUCUUCUUCUGCUGCUUCUACUGGUUCGAUGAGGGUUGCCACGACGUCGUCGUCGUCGUACGGUGAUUCUCUGUCUCUUGGGAUUCGUGAGCCUGUCUACGAGGUGGUAGAGGUGAAGUCAGAUGGGGUGGUAUCUACUAGAAAAAUUAACAGACGCCAGUUACUCAAGUCAAGUGGUCUUCGUCCGCGUGAUGUAAGGAGUGUUGACCCAUCAUUGUUUUUGACCAACUCCAUGCCUUCUUUGCUGGUCCGUGAGCAUGCUAUUCUUCUAAAUCUAGGAUCGUUACGAGCCAUAGCAAUGCAAGAACGUGUUCUUAUAUUUGACUACAACCGUAAAGGAGGGAAAGCUUUUAUAGAUACAUUGUUGCCUCGACUCAACCCUAAGAAUGCCAAUGGAGGACCAUCUAUGCCAUUUGAGCUUGAGGUUGUUGAAGCUGCACUGCUUUCAAGAAUACAGCGCUUAGAGCGGAGACUAAUGGAUUUAGAACCUCGUGUUGUUGCGCUCCUUGAGGUUUUACCAAACCGAUUAACAGCUGACAUAUUGGAACAACUUCGCACAAGCAAGCAAACCUUGGUUGAACUGGAUUCAAGGGCUGGGGCUCUCAAACAAAUGCUGCUUGAUCUUCUGGAAGAUCCCUAUGAAAUACGUCGUAUAUGUAUCAUGGGGCGAAACUGCAUAAUUAGGAGGGGAAGUGAUGAUGUGGAAUGCUCUGUUUCCUUGGAAAAGCAGAUUGCCGAGGAGGAGGAAGAAGAAAUUGAAAUGCUUCUGGAAAACUAUCUUCAAAGAUGCGAAUCUUGUCAUGGUCAGGCUGAAAGGCUUCUUGAUUCUGCCAAGGAAAUGGAAGAUUCUAUUGCUGUCAAUUUGAGCUCCCGGAGACUUGAGGUUAGCAGAGUGGAAUUGCUCCUUCAGGUUGGGACAUUUUGUGUGGGAGUUGGUGCUCUAGUUGCAGGUAUAUUUGGCAUGAACUUGAGAUCCUAUCUUGAAGAGCAUGUGCUUGCAUUUUGGCUAACGACAGCUGGGAUAAUUUUUGGUGCUGUUGUGGCAUUUUUCCUUAUGUAUUCGUAUCUCAGGACAAGGAAAAUUCUGUAAAGAUAUAGGUGAUAUCAAAAUUGAAGGACAUCCAGCUCCCAGCUAAUUGGUAAAAUAUACCACACAACCAUAAAGUGAUCGUUUCAAAACUGUUUUCUUGAUGACUUGUAUGGAUAAGCUGCAUGAACACUAGAGAAAGACAAGAAGUUGCGUUCCCAGCUAACGACUAUAGUUAAGUAUAGGCCUCCACUCUCUUAUAAUUAAGGUUCGGAAUGUGAAACCAUUGAGUGGAGACUUAGUAUAUGCAUCGAGGAAAGCUGUGCCCUGCUAAGUCAACCGUGCUGAUGAGAAUUUGAAAAGACCAAUUUUAUUCUUUACAAAGAAAAUUGUUUUCUCCGACUGCAAUGGAACAUCAUUGUUAAGCCAGUGUAAGGAACUAUCAACAAUAAGAAUUGAAUCGGCUGUUACGUA